UCGAAGAUGCCUUGGUUAAUCGAAGGUUUAAUUUUGAUUAGGGAUGAAACUCUCACAGUCACACAGAAAUUUCAAAGCUGCAAAGUCACUUCAGUACGGCAUGGCACUUUUCUGAGACCAAACUAUAUUAUAUGUGUCUAUUUGAAACUGAUGACGCAAAUAUAUAACCAAACUUUUAAGCUUGAGAAUUCGUUCAUCCAUCAAGCCUAGCCUUUACGUAAGCUGCUGGCCGGUUUAAGGGUUAAAGAAAUCCUGGCGUGUAUCUAAUUGUGCCGUUGACCAGAAUAAAUCUAACGCCAUAACUUAUCACAAUAAUGUUGCCUACUUCAACCUUCAGAUUUUCUCGUAAGAAUCUCACGUGUGUAAAGCUGAUUGAAGUGAAAAUCUGGCACAGAUUCUAUAAGUAAUUGUGAUAGUUGCGCAUCUUAUUAGAUUAAUGUCAAACUUCACAGGUUGUGGAAAUCGACCAUAUUCAAGUAGGGUGGUGAAUGGGGAAAAUGCCCAGCCCCACUCCUGGCCCUGGCAGAUUUCACUCAGAGUCAACGGUCGUCACAUCUGUGGAGGAUCACUUAUUGACAAAGACUGGGUCGUCACUGCGGCUCACUGUGUGGAUCGAAACCCGAGACCGAGUGGCUACACUGUCGUUGUGGGAGCUCAUCGCCGGCUUGGAUCAACAGUCGUUCAACAGACUUUCCGCUUGAAGCAGUUGUUCAAACACGAGCAAUUUAGCAUGAGGAACCUGCGUAAUGACAUCGCCCUUCUGCAACUAGAGCGGCCAAUACAAGCGAGCAGCAAAGUGAACACGGUGUGCUUGCCGAGUUCAGGAAGCAGGGUUCCCGCGGGAACACGGUGUUACAUUACAGGCUGGGGGAGAACUGUCGGAGGUGGAAAUGCCGCUGACACUCUCCAACAGGCUGUACUACCCGUGGCUGGACACAGUGCCUGCAGCAGAGUGAACGGAAGAUUAGCUCCUGUUGAUCAAAGGUCCAUGGUGUGCGCUGGAGGUCAAGGCAAAGGUGGAUGUCAGGGAGACAGUGGUGGACCGUUUGUAUGCAAAGAGGGUGGGAAAUUUGUUCUGCGAGGUGCCGUUAGCUGGGGACACUCCCAAUGCAGGACUGAUCAUUAUACAGUGUUCGCUCGUAUAAGCAGUUUUAUUGGAUGGAUCAACCAGAAGAAGUCAGGUACUUUAAUAAAUUUCGGUAAAAAUUCUCCUCUUUUACCAUUACAGAGCUCUAGAAAUAACUAUGUACAAAAAGAACAGUAAGCGAUUUGUCACAAAACAUAAACGUGAUUUUUAAAAUCGUUUAAUAAGUAAUUCUAUUAACAUGUAUCUUUGUACAUAUUGGCAAAAGUUACUGGAUGGCAUUGCAUUUACAUUGUUGUGUCAACAUUGAUUUAGAGUUCGAUCACAUUUAUAUCCAAAAUGCACAAGUCCGGAUUUCAUUUUGAGACGAUCAGAUUUAAGUAAUUAUACUUUUUCUCAUUUCCUGAGCUCUUAUAGCUCAGGAGCGAUUGUUUCUGCACUGAUUUCAGUUAUAGAAUUCCUUAGA